GUGUAUAUAGACUAGACGAUUCCUUGAACCAUAUAAUUCCAGCUUUACUAUAAGAGUCUUAAGGACAGGGGCAAGUGAGUCGAGAAACGAAACCGAAUAUAAGUCUUGUAUGAUAUAGUCAUAUAGUUAACCGUCGUCAUAUAUUAAAGAAGAAAAUGGCAACCACCGGUCGGAGACUCCGUCCUCCAUCGCCCAAUAAUAACCGGAGCCGGACUAUAAGCUCUUCAAUCUCUCUCCCAGUGUCCUUAAACGCCUCGUUAUCGUCUUCUACUUCUUCAUCUUCUUCCUCUUCGCCUUCCAAUUCAAGCAAACGAGUGAUGAUAACCAGAUCACAGUCCACAACAAGAUCCUCCAGACCCAUCGGAUCAUCCGACUCUAAAUCCGGCGAGAACAUAAUCCCGGCGAGAAACAGCGCAUCAAGAUCUCAAGAGAUAAACAACGGUAGAAGCAGAGAGUCGUUUGCUCGGUACUUGGAGCAACGUACGCGUGGUAGUCCUCGUAGUAACGCUUCAUCGAGAGGGGUAAAGCCGGGAGCCAGCUCACCAUCGGCGUGGGCGUUGUCUCCUGGAAGACUUUCGACUAUGAAGACGCCUCUGUCCAGCUCAGCUCCGACGACUUCAAUGUGCAUGACGCCGCCUGAGUCACCCGUAAGCAAGGCCAAGAUAAGAAGCGGUGGCGGUGGAGCGGUGGCAGGAGUUUUGAAGUACUUCAUGGCGCAGAAGAAAGUAUCUCCGGUACAAGAGGAGGAUUAUCACCGGUUUAGGAUUUUUCAAAACAGAUUACUUCAAUGGAGGUUUGUUAACGCAAGAACUGAAGCCACUAUGGCAAACCUUAAGAUCAACGUUGAGGAUCAGUUGUUUUGGGUUUGGCUUAGGAUAUACAAAAUGAGGAACUACGUUGUAGAAAAUUUGAUUGAAAUUCAAAGGCUCCGUCAAGAUAUCAAAGUACGUGAAGUUCUCAGCCUCCAAAUGCCUUUACUUAAUGAGUGGUCAAAAAUAGACGCAAAAAACUCCGAAGCGUUGAGCAAGCUAACUCGAAAACUCCAUGCUUUGUCUGUCCGAUUACCCCUCGUACAUGGUGCCACGAUAGAUAUGGUGUCGAUACAUGAAGAAAUGGUCAUAGCUAUAGAAGUCAUGGACGAGAUCGAAGACGUCAUCAUCAAGUUUCUCCCACGAGUUGAAAUAAUCCUCUAUGAGCUGACAGAAUUGAUCGGCAUGUUCAAUCAAGAAUUGUUAUAUUUUGAAGAAAUGGACGAGAGCCUUUUAUCCAUUCCUCUCUUCACGGCAAAGGAGAGUAGCUUGAGGGUCCAUAUUCUCCAAAAGACUGAAGAACAGAGAUAAUGUUUCUCUAAUAACUCAAACGUUAGGACAUGUAAUUAAAAUGUUAAUCACAUUGCACAUUUUGCAAACUGGAUUGUUGUUGAUGCCAGAACUCGCUAUCUAAUUCAAGACGCAGUCUUCUACUUCUAGAUAUAUACGAUUGAAGCCAUGUGUUAAUGUGUAUUACAAAUUUCGUUAUGCAAUUUCUACAU